GCCACUAAACAGUAAGCCGAAUCACAGGCGUUGUCACUUCGACGUGGACUGACGCUUGUUCACAUCCGGUCGUAUAUAUUCUGCCACGAGUUAGCGGCGAAUUUGGAGAGUAUCAGUGUCGAGUUGCGGAGCGGCGUCUGAGGUGUUAUUUGCACAAAUUUGAAGGAACCCACCGUCUCAAUGGCAGACACUGAGAAUCCGUUCAUGGAGACCUCCGAGCAGAAUGGCAACGAGGGAGAAAUGUACACGGGUGAAAUGAUGAGUACAGACGAUGGACAAGACAACGGCACAGAUGGAGGCAAGAUUGAUGCCAGCAAAGGAGAGGAAGAUGCAGGAAAAAUGUUUGUGGGUGGACUCAGUUGGGACACGAGUAAAAAGGACCUGAAGGACUACUUCUCUACGUUUGGUGAGGUGUCAGACUGCACCAUCAAAAUGGAUUCUGUCUCUGGGCGAUCGCGAGGCUUUGGCUUUGUUCUUUUUAAAGACCCUGCCAGCGUGGACAACGUGUUGGCUAAGCCUGAGCAUAAACUGGAUGGUCGUAAGAUUGACCCCAAAAGGGCUAUGGCCAUCAAGAAAGAGCCAGUCAAGAUUUUUGUUGGCGGUCUGAACCCUGAAGCAACAGAGGACAUCAUCAGGGAAUAUUUUGGGGAGUUUGGAGAGAUCGAAACCAUUGAGCUUCCUAUUGACCCCAAAUCAAGGAAAAGGCGUGGAUUCAUCUUUAUUACCUUCAAAGAAGAAGCCAGCGCUCGCAAAUGUCUGGAGAAGAAAUUCCACACUAUCCAUGGUGGCAGGUGUGAGCUGAAAAUUGCCCAGCCAAAGGAGGUAUAUCAGCAGCAACAGUUUGGAGGUGGACGUGGUGGUGGUGGUGCUGGAGGUGGUGGUGGUGGUGGUGGAGGUUAUGGAGGCCGAGGCAGAGGACGUGGAGGACCAAACCAGAACUGGAACCAGGGGUAUGGCAACUACUGGAACCAGGGCUACGGCAACCAAGGCUAUGGCUACGGUGGAUAUGGUGGCUAUGGCAACUAUGACUACUCUUCUGGCUACUAUGGAUAUGGUCCAGGAUAUGACUACAACCAGGGCAGUGCCAACUAUGGGAAGACCCCGAGACGGGGGGCACACCAGCAAGGCUACAAGCCAUACUAAGGAUGGUGAUGAAAGUGAGCUCAUGGUAUUUUACAAAGGACUACAGCUGUCGUCCAGUGAGACCAACUGCUGAUGGGACACACUGGGCUUAAACGCCGCCUCUUUUACCACAGAAGACCAUUUGUACAGAAAACACCCAAAAUGUAACUUUUCCAUGUUAGUUUGUUUUUGUUUUGUUUUUUAGUCUCAUAUUUUCAGUUUUUAUUUGUCUUAGGUUUCUUCUUUUUUUUUUCUUACCCUCGUCUCCACAUUUCCAGCCAUGGAAGUGUAAAUUUUACUGUACUUUUUGGUACCUGUUUUGAUUCUAAUGUAUUGUAAGGGUUGUAUUUUACAUGUGUGCUAGCUUUACAGGUUAAUUCUUGGCGCUGUAAAGGAGCUUUUUUGACAAAUAAACAAGUUUUCAGUA